AUGGACAUCUACGACACCUCCAACCCACAAUGCCGCCAGGCCCUGCGCCGCUACGCAAGUCUCAACCCGUGCGACGUGCAGCGCAACCGCCACGUCCGCGACUUUUCUAACUCCCAAAAUCUCAUCGCCCUCGACUACUUCAUUUACUCCGUGUGCGAGCAAUGCUGUGAUUGCAUUCCGAGGGGGACAAAGCCCGGCGAGUUUGCAAAGAGGAAAGCCGCCGGCACGUUGAUCAAGGUCGAUCGCGCCAACUGCCCGGCGCAUGCAAGGUACGACGUCUGUAAGGUGUGGCCAAAUAUUAGGCAUCUCAGAUCUCCGUGGGAGCGGCUGCCGCGCGAUUUGAACACUCUUUGGCCGAAGAUCUGUCCCAUCAUUUUCAAGUGGGCCGACUCGCCGGAUGGACAGAACUUGUACAAUAAGGAUCAAAUUAAUCAGCCUGCAAGCAUGACACAGUUCUUGACUAGAUACGUCAAGGUUGCCUUUUGUAGCAAGAAGGCUUUCUGGAAUGAAUGUACGGCGCUUGAAAAGUCCCAGUUGCGCAUUUGA